UGAUAUGGGCUUUCAAUUCUACAUGCAUUUAUCAACUUUUUAGUAAUUCUUGUUUCCAAAAAUUUGUGAUUUUUUUCUUUCUAAAUUUUCAAUGGGUGUUUCUUGUUCUUGAAAUACUUAGAUGAAGGGGAUGCCCUUAGCCUUUGAAAUUGAAAGGAAGAGGGUGGUUGUACCUUGUGCAAAGAAAGUUGUGCAUUUUAAAGAUUUUGUAAUAAACAAGCAAAAACUCAAGUACAUUGAACAAGAACCAAAAUCUGUGCUGGAUAUUGUUAAUAGUAGUCCAAGCCCUCCAACUUCCACUUCCACUUCCACCGUCAACGGUGGUGGUGGUUUGACGGCGGUUUCCGGUGACCAAUUUACAAAAUGGUCAAUGCCGGAAAAUCAAGAAACUUGUAGCUCAAAUGUGGGUUUUUUCGACCCACAUCAGCGGUUGCCGGAAAAGUGUCUAGAUAUCACCGUCGGUGAAGAAAAAUGCGGUGAAAUGGAGGAUUGGGAGAGUGUGUUGUCGGAAUCCGGUCAAGGUCAGUCUAUUCUUCGGUGGGCUAUGGGUGACGUUGACGACCCUUCUAUGGGUUUACACAAAAUGCUUCACGGUGGCGGUACGGUGGAUUCCGGCGAACUUUCAGGUGAGUUUGGUAUUGUAGAUCAAGGCUGUUUUGGGUUUGAUUCCAAUAACCCCGUUGGUCAAUUUGGUAAUUUCUUUCAAAUUCCUCAUAAAUUUACUCAUGAAAAAAUUGGGUUAUCUCAGUCGCCGGCGCCGGAGACGGCACCGGCGGCGGAUAUGGUCACCGACCACUGUCACAGAACUUCAGACCUAGAAAACCCUUUUGCCCAAAACCAUCAAAUUGAUGUAAAACCAUAUAAAGAUCCAACCUUUUUUGGACACGUUGAACAUCAAACCCUAGUUCCAUCACAACCCAAUAGGUACAAUUCAGGAAGCAUAGAGUACAACAUGAGCCAAAUGCCUAAAACUCCUUUUCUUGGUACACCUCAAAACACUAUUCAAAUGCCAUUAUCAAUCAAGAAAAUGUCAGGCAUUGAUGAAAUAGGUCAUCAAGGGAUCAUUGAUCAGCUAUAUAAAGCUGCAGAAAUGAUACAAUGUGGGAACAAUCCAAUACUCGCCCAAUCGAUAUUGGCGCGGCUCAAUCAUCAGCUUUCUCCGAUAGGUAAGCCUCCUUUCGAACGGGCUGCUUUUUAUUUUAAGGAAGCUCUUAUGUUACUAAUACAUUCACUUGUUAACAAUAUGAAUCCUGUUAGUUCACCUUUUAGUUUGAUAUUCAAGAUUGGUGCUUAUAAGUCAUUCUCUGAGGUUUCGCCAUUAGUUCAGUUCACCAAUUUCACUUGUAAUCAAGCAAUACUCGAAUCUUUAGAUGGGUUUGAACACGUUCAUAUUAUUGACUUUGAUAUCGGGUAUGGUGAUCAAUGGGCUUCGUUUAUGCAAGAACUUGCAUUACGAAGCAAUAACAAUAACAUCCCCUCACUAAAAAUCACAGCUUUUGCCUCACACUCGAAUGACCAUCUUGAGCUUAGCCUAACUAGGGACAAUUUGGUUCAUUUUGCUAAUGAUUUGAAGAUUGGAUUUGACUUUGAGAUAGUCAACAUUGAUGUUGUUGCUUCGGUUUCUUGGUCUUUACCUGUUCGUGCAUCCAAUAAGGAAGCCAUUGCUGUGAAUCUACCUGUUAAUGUGUUUUCAAAUUACCAAGUCCUGUUCUCGUUGGUACUGCGUUUUGUCAAGAAUCUUUCUCCCAAAAUUGUGGUUUCAGUCGACAGAGGAUGUGAUAGGACGGAUUUACCCUUUCCUAACCAUCUCAUUCACGCCCUUCAAUCUUUCACAAACCUACUUGAGUCUCUUGAUGCGGUGAAUAUGAACCUAGAAACGUCACAAAAGAUAGAGCGGUUCUUGAUUCAACCAAGUGUCGAAAAGAUCACAACAGGUAGGUUUUCUUUCCCAGAAAAGACUCAACAUUGGAGAUCACAGUUAUUAUCAAGUGGGUUUUCCCCUUUGAUCUUUAGUAACUUCACGGAAAGUCAAGCCGUAUGUGUGAUCAAGAGGAUUCCCGUUCAAGGAUUUCACAUCGAGAGGAGGCAAUCAUCACUCGUACUUUGCUGGCAGAAUCGGGAGCUUGUUUCAGCUUCAGCUUGGAGAUGUUAAAACCGAAUAGUACUAUCUGAAGAGAGACUCCUGAAGAUGGAUUGUGAAUUUGUGUUGUAACACUUAGUUUAUGAGUCCUUUUAUUUUGUAUCAUUUAACUUGUAUUGUAAUGUUUAAUUUUGCUUUUAAGAAAACAAACAGAACCAGACAUUUUAGGGAUGGAUGGAUUGUUCUUAGUUUAAAUAUGAUGUCUUAUUGGUUGCUUUUGGCAGCAAGAUUCAUCAAA